ACACGACCCACUCCCUGCUUCCGUUCCUCCAGUGAGUCCAGUCCUAUUUGCUUCGCUGAUCUAACCCAAGCCAAGCGUGCUCCACCCCAUCGCGCAAACAGCAACAGCAGCACCCACCCCCUCUCCCCUGCAUUAAAACACGCGCCCCGUCCGGCAGGCCAAGCCACGCACGCACGCACACACGCGCCCAGACUGCGCUCUGACGCCACCACCACACACACACCGUCGAAGCAAGCAAGGAACCCGCUCCGUCCGUCCCCAUCCAUGGCGCCCCACGCCGCCCGCCGCCUCCUCCUCCUCCUCGCGCUGGCCGCCGCGCUCGCCGCCCGCUCCGAUGGGGCGUGGUGCGUGUGCCGCGCCGACCUGCCGGACGCGGCGCUGCAAAGGACGCUGGACUACGCGUGCGGCAGCGCCGCCGACUGCAAGCCCAUCCAGCCCAGUGCCGCCUGCUUCGCGCCGGACACCGUCAAGGCGCACUGCUCCUACGCCGUCAACAGCUUCUACCAGCGCAGCGGCCAGAACCCGCUCGCCUGCGUCUUCUCCGGCACCGCCGUCCUCUCCACCGUCGACCCAAGCGCUAACGGCUGCAAGUACCCUGCAACUGCGACCCCAAGUGCCCCUGACAGCCCGCCGGCGCCAAUGGGCGGGCAAGGUCCGAGCGGCGCCAUGAAGGACACCAGCGGCGGCGCCGACGUCCUCCCGGCGGCCGGGACCGCGAUGCGGGCGUUCAUCCUUGCCGGCUGCUCGCUCCUCGCUCUCUACCUCAUGGCGUGACAAGAGGAGACGCAAGGCACCUAUCCUGCACCGGCCGUUGGUUUUGGGUGUCUUGGUUUCUUGGCGCAUUUUCUCUUUGGUAGUGGUGGUAGGAAGAGAGCGUUCUGAAUUCUGAUGAUGAUGAUGGCAUGCCGUUCUGGUGGAAGAUUGAAGAGGGCUAGCGAGUGUGACAGUGAGCGAGACCAUGGUUGUUAGUGGAGGGCUUAGGGCUGAUGUAGUGCUCUUGAUGUCUAUGUCUUGUACUCUUGGAGGAUACUACUACUGUCAUGACUUGAUUCUACCAUGUUUGCCUGUUUGGUUGUCUGGA